UUGACUUUGACAAGCAAUGGUUUUUCUAUAUAAGGUGGUGUUAAGUUUCACCAUGGCAAAAGGCAGAAAAGCUUAGCUCUAGUCUAUAGAGGGAGUGAGAGAGGGAAAGCAAGUGCAGACAGAUACUUUUAAGUUGACGAGAAAGGCAAUGGAGACAAAAUCAAUCCUUGGUACCUCUUUGCUGGUGCCUUCUGUAAAGGAUUUGAUAUCAAAUAAGGAGCAGUUGACCAGUGCGAUUCCAUCAAAAUAUGUACGUCAUGAUCAAGACCCUGUUUCUGUUCUCGAUAAGAAUUCUUUGCCAGAUGUUCCGGUCAUUGACAUGGCAAAGUUAUUCUCUGAAAAAUUCAUGGAUUUGGAGCUUAAGAAGUUCGAUCAUGCCUGUAAAGACUGGGGCUUUUUCCAGUUAGUAAAUCAUGGAGUGAGUACUGAGCUGUUGGAGAAAGUGAAAUCAAAAACACAAGAAUUCUUCAAUCUUCCGAAAGAAGAGAAGCAGAAGUUUUGUCAAAAACCAGGAGAAAUGGAAGGAUUCGGGCAGCAUUUUGUUAAGUCUGAGGAGCAGAAGCUUGAAUGGGCAGACCUCUUCUAUGUGGUUACUCAACCAACGCAUUUGAGAAAUCCUCACCUAUUCUCCAAUAUCCCUCAGUCUUUCAGGGAUGCCAUUGAAACUUACUCCGAAGAACUGAAAAGCCUUGCCCAUAAAAUCUUCGACCUGGUGGCAAAAGCUGUAGGAAUGAAACCUGAUGAAAUGAAAGAGUUAUUUGAAGAAGGUUGGCAGGCCAUGAGAAUGAAUUGCUAUCCCCCAUGUCCGCAACCAGACCUUGUCAUUGGCCUCAAGCCCCAUUCUGAUGCAACUGGCCUCACCAUCCUCCUCCAGGUCAACGACGUCGUAGGGCUACAGAUAAAGAAAGAUGGGUUUUGGAUACCUGUUCAGCCUAUUCCUAAUGCUUUUAUCAUCAACAUUGGGGACAUGUUGGAGAUAUUGACGAAUGGGAUUUACCGUAGCAUUGAGCAUCGAGCUACUAUUAGCUCCGCUAAAGAGAGGCUCUCUAUCGCCACCUUUUACAACCCCAAAUUUGAUGGAUACUUAGCACCUGCACCCAGCCUCAUUACCGCCAAAACUCCAGCAGCAUUUGAAAGAAUUAGUUUUGCAGACUAUUUUCAGGGAUAUGUGUCUCGCGAGCUCGAUGGGAAAUCAUUUAUCCAGGUCUUGAGGAUCCAAAAUAAUGAAAUCAAUUAAAGCAACUGAAGGUGUAAGUAUUGAUAAUUAGUCUACUAAAUAAAGUUGGUCAAGCCAAUAUAUACACAAACCUUCUACUGCCCGAAAGUACCUCUACUUUCUUAUUAUUAAGUUAAUAAAAUAUUUGUAUUUUUCUAAUGUCAUGUCCUUGUAAUAAAUGUUAUGGCGAUAGCUUUUUAAUAAGACAAAAAAAGAAAUUUUAAUC